UCGCAUCUCUCAUCAAUUUUUCCCUCCUGUAACAACAUCUCUUUCCGUAUAGUUUUCUCGAGUGGUGUUUUAGUGACUCUUUUGGCAGUGUGUCUUGUGAAGUGUCUCACCUAACUGGGAUAUUAUACCUCUCGGAUUACACUUGUGAACUUCAAACGGAUUUGUAAAAAUGCAUCCGUCUUCUGCGGCCUUGGCUGGCCUGCUAAUAUUAAGCUGUGUGGUGAUUAGAGCUGAUGAUGUAAUUACGCGGAUAAAUGGUCUCCAUGACGCUGGUGAGCUGAGGCAGGAUCUGCCCAGUGAUACACCCUUCUGGUGGAUGAACAACCGGUCGCCCUUCAAGCGCGAGAGUGGCGGAUGUGCCAAUGGAUGCGCUCCCACCACCAAUGAGCUCACCUUCUCCGCCAAUCCCUUCCUCACGGGCCGCGUCGGGGCGCCGGCGGGCUUCGCCGUGCAGACUGUGAAUCCCUCCUUCCCGGGCAGCCCCACGGGCAGCCACAACGGCUACCUGCCGCCCAAUCCCCAGCCACCGAGGACUGUACCCUGCCUGGGACAGGGACAGGUGUGUGUGGUCCGUCACGCCUGCGCCAGCGGAUUCGUUCUCUCCCAGGAUGUCGCCGUGCUCGGUCGAGGCCAGGAGUGCAACGUUGAUACUGAAGUUUGCUGCGCCGUUCGUGUGCCAACCACGACUCCGCGUCCCACAACAACACAACUUCCGCCAACUCCGUGUGUGGAGAGGAAUUACUUCUGUGUGGCUCCUCAGGCUUGUCGCAAUGGUGUCAUCGUCUCCCAGAUGAACAAUCUUCAGCCGGUUCGUCAAUGCUACUCACCUCAGGUGUGCUGCCGAUUCGUCCAGGAACCGAGCGAGACCGUCACGAGACCCAGCGUCACACUGCCACCAUAUCCCAAGCUGCCGAACGAGAUCUCUGACUCAACCGUGCUAACGGAUGACGGCUACGUGAUCAAGGUGCCAGACAAUCAGUACCUGCCCCAGAGGGAACCGUCGCCAGACUCGCAGAACCCCAUCGUUGUCCCUGCCCCGACGACCACCUUCCGUCCGGUGCCCAGCCCAACCACUCCUCAGUAUCUUCCUCCGCCUCCGUCCACCGCGAGGCCCUACGUGCCACCGGUUGCCGUGAGCACAACCGCCCGACCAGUGGUCAUCGUGCCCUCCAGCACGCCCCAAUAUCUGCCCCCGUACAAGGGUGACCAGUACAUCCCGCCAGUCGACAGGGAGGGAGAGCCCUCCAAUCCCCAGUCCAACAACAUCCUCCCGCCCACCACCAGGCGCCCCCGACCGCCGCCGCAGCGCGGUGAGAACCAGCUGGCUGAGCCCAUUGUGCCCAGCGGAUGCCCCGCCGCCAUGAACUGCACCGAAUACCAGUACUGCGACGUGAAGGGAGUCAUCACCACCACUCCUGUCGUGCUGACCAAGGAGCAGGAGCUCUUCCGCGUCCCACUCACGGACUGCGUCGAUCGCAGGAGAGGCUUCCAGGGCAAGUGCUGCCGCGAUCCCAACUACGUCGAUCCCUGGCCAGUAGGUCAGCUCGGCCAGUACAAUCCCCAAAUCCUCAAUGCCGCCUUCGACGAUGGCUCGUACAGGCCCGAGAAGUACCGCACGCAGCAGAACACAGUGAUCCGCGGCCAGUCACAGCUCAGCCGACCCAUCGCCGCCGGAGCCUCCACGGUCAAUCGCCAGGUGCUCACGACACAGCAAAGCCAGCACAUCAGCAACAAUGUCAUCGCCGAUAGAUUCUCCGUCGGAGCGGAUGCUUGUGGAACGAGAAACCUGAACACUCAGCCACGUGGCGCUGGACCUCUGGACACCGGCUUCGGUGAAUUCCCAUGGCAAGCAAUGGUGCUGCUGGAGACCAACCGAUCCCUCCUCUGUGGCGGUGCCAUCAUCGAGCGAGACGUUGUUGUGACUGCUGCUCAUUGUGUUUCUGGACUGCCUGCUCGCAGUGUGAUGAUCAAGGCCGGCGAGUGGCGUCUUGGCGUCGAUGAGGAGCCCAAGACAUUCCAGAUUGUGCGGGUGAAAGCCAUCACUCUCCACCCAGCCUACAAUCCGACCAAUCUCAACUCCGACGUGGCUCUGCUGCAUCUCGAGGAGAAGCUUCGCUAUGACACCCACAUCGGUCCGAUCUGUGUUGAUGAUGAGUACGUGACGAGCGCCUCCACCACGGACUGCGUCACCACCGGCUGGGGCAAGGAGGUUCUCAGAAUCAACAUCCAGAACGCCCUGAUGCACUCCCUGCCAGUCACUCUCCUGUCCGACGGUGAGUGCCAGGCCGCUCUCUCUGGCUACGGAUUCAACUCUCAGACCGGCGUGUGCGGCCGCCCGCGUGCGGACGCGUGCGAGGUGGACGUGGGCAGCGCCCUGGCCUGCUCCAACGGCAAGGGUGGCUACGUCCUGCGCGGCGUGUACUCCACAGAGACCGAGUGCGCCAGCUCCAACCAGGUCGUCUCGUUCGCUCGCGUGGACACACAGUGGCUGAGGCAGGCGCUGAGCUCACCGCAGCCCCAACCCACUCAGACUGUUCAAAUCUACGAGCCUCAACCAAAUAGUCCUCAACGAGUGAUAACGCAGGGUCCAGCGUACUUGCCACCUCAUCGAAAGUAAUUCCAGAGCAACACAAGUUAAUUAAUUGAAAUUUUCCCCUCUUCCGCCCCCCAAUCUCUCUCUCUCUAUUGCGUCCCUCAAAACUUCUUUCUUUCUUUUUUUUGUUAAUUUGUAAGGAAAAGAAAAUACCUUUUUAGAGUGUUUAGGAGUCUAUCCCCUUUUCCUCUAAUCUGACACGAGAAAAAAAACAUUACGAAAGAGACACACUUUUACACGCCCAACAUCACAAAAUCACAGAUAAACACACAACAAAUGAAAAGAUACCCAAGAAAAUACUCAAAAAAAAAUCAUUACACUCUUUAUAUACUCUCUUCUGUGGAGAUUUGUAUCGAUUUUUGUGUUUUUUGUACUUUUAAACCUCUUUGCAAUUUUUGCAAAAGUUAAAAACCCUC